UGCAGUCGGAGUUAACGAACCAGCUAACGCUAGUUGUCAAGCAGUGUAGUGUUUAUACGGAAUGGAUAUGUUACGAACAAGAAAUGCAUGGUUUUGUCUAAGUAGCUUCCUCCUAUGAUAUCUGACUUUUUUAACGUUACGCAUACUGAAGGGCCAACAGCUAGCUAAACUAACUUACCUAGCCACUACUGUUGCGUUCAUGCAAAUACAUGUUGUAGUUUGUCAGUUUUUGUGGAACUGCGUCAACAAGCGGGUUGUUAAUCUUCCAUCAAAGCGGAACUGUAAAAGGAUAAAAUACUGACCUAUUUGUAAUUAUUACACUGUUACAGAUAAAUCCUACAGACCUUACUUCAACUAAUAAUGUGGAAAGCAGUGUGCAGAUGCUCCGGUAUUAUAAGAAAUAAUGGAUAUUCGUCAAGGGAGAUGUUAUUAAUAGUAAUGUUCUCUGGUGGUACCCAACAUGCUACUUAUCACGCCACCAAAAGGCUUCUUUGGCCACGAGACGCUGGUUACAAUCUAUCUGAGCGGUCGAAACGUAAUCCUUUCGCAUCCUCUGGUAAUCAUUCAAGGACUACUGUUUUUCCAUCAACAAAAAGAUCGCAAAGAGAGCCCAUGUCACCUCCCUUUUUUGAGAGGAGGUCUAGAGCCGAGAGCAGAGUGUCCUCGGACCUUCGCAAGCUCAGUCAGGAAGACUGGGAGGAAGCGGGAACUGCAAAGCUUGUCAAGGGCAGCCAAAAGGGUAGGGCUGCUCGCGCCCGGCUUGGGGGAGACAAACAGGACGAGAUGGUGUUCGGUGUGGCCCCUUGUCUGCUGGCCCUGAGUCAGGGCAGACGGAACCCAAGUAGGCUCUUUGUGAAGAACGCAGAGGGGCGGCCAAGGGAAGCUGUGCAGAAGGUUUGCGAGGCAGCUCUGAGCCGCGGAGUUCCCAUUCAACGUGCCACCAAGCGGGAGCUGGAGAAGAUGACCAGCAGCGUGGUCCACCAGGGGGUGUGCCUUCAGGCAAGCGCCCUUGGCUUCGUCACUGAGGAAAAGCCCACCAGCCCUCAGCCAGGCAGACACCGGCAUCCACUGUGGCUCAUCCUGGAUGGAGUGCAGGAUCCAAUGAACCUCGGUUCCAUUCUCCGUUCUGCCUAUUUUCUUGGAGUGGACAGAGUAGCUAGUAGCAUUCGGAACAGUUGCCCACUAACCCCAGUGGUGAGCAAAGCCAGUUCAGGGGUGAUGGAGAUCAUUGACGUGUAUGGCUAUGAUAACUUGUCUGAUAUAAUAAAGGUGAAACUAGGGCAGGGAUGGCAGGUGAUUGGCACCAUCGGGUCCGUGGAGGCCAGCUCCGGCGCCUCCAUCGUGCCGUGCUCCAACUUCGAGAUGUCCAAACCCUCACUGCUACUCAUGGGUGGUGAGGGUUACGGCCUGUCUCGUGACCUGCGGGAGCUGUGUGACGUCUGGCUCACCAUUCCUCCCCGAAGAGACCUGCACCCCGCCGUUGACUCCCUUAAUGUCUCUGUAGCCACAGGAAUCCUCCUGCAUUCUCUCCUCUCCUCACGCACAGCUGCCUGACGAUGCUGGUAAUGGUUUAUUUACUUGGACUGUCUCCUAUUUGCUCCCUGCAGCGUUUAAUGACUGGAUUAGUUCAUCAAUUAGGCAUCAGGAAGCCGGAGAGGACCCAUUGAUCAGGAAGUGGAGACUGCUGAUGCUUUCUCAGCUUGUGGUUUGCCAGUGUCUUUUUGUAAGAAAAUAGCAAAACAUGGAAUGUUGAGAGCUCUUAUGCACAAACGGUGUGAUGUGACUUGCUUGACUGCCAAGUUACAAAGUGUUAUUUGCAUUAUCAUAAAGUUAAAACCUGUUUGUAUGUAUUCUUUCAAUGAAUCAAUGUGGUUUAGUAUUUCUUCUCAGAUCUAGACUCUUAUGAGGAGGGGAAGAGACACACUAUUACAUUGAGAAUUGGCUAAAAGUGGGUGAAAAUAAAAUGUAACCAA